AUGAUCAUGUACAACAUUGUUCCGGCUAUGCUGCUUGCAGCCACCAGUAUUCCAUCAGCUAUGGCGGCUCAGUGCUCCGCUGUCGGCUAUUGGUCCACCAACUCGGCCGGCGCUGGAGACGGUGGCACUACCGUUAGCAGUGGCAAGGGCGUCACUCUCUUAGAUCCAGAUGGAAAUGAUAUUGGCGCAUACGAAGGUGAUUAUUCGCCCUGCGCUGACCUCCUCACCUGGAGCUCCGACUAUUUGGACGACACUUUUUCCUGGGGUGCCAACUGUGACACGAGCGGUUUCACGUAA